AGCGCGAGCGUGGAAUGUUAGUAACAUUGUUGUUGUUUUGGAGUGAAUUGAGUUAGCAGGACUCUCCGCUCGCAGGCUGGCUGGCUCGCCGUCUGCCGGACUCAGCAAAGCGGCUUCGACGGCCUCGUUUCCCCGGGGGGUUAGGUUCCCACCUAACCGGACAUUAUUUCCUUUUUUUUUUUUUUGUAUAUUUUUUAUUUUUCCACGCAUUCCGGUCCACGGGGAUCUACGCGCGCCCACAGAGAGCAUCUCCUGUGCGAGUGUGGCCAGUCGUCUGCAUGCAGGGAAUGACGACUGCUUUCAAGACGAGCAAAGCUUUAAAGGUCAAGAAGGAAGCGGGCGAGAAUGCCCCGGCCCUCAGCGACGACGAGCUGGUGGCCAUGUCCGUGCGGGAGCUCAACCAGCACCUGCGCGGGCUGACCAAGGAGGACGUGGUGCGACUGAAGCAGCGGCGGCGCACGCUCAAGAACCGAGGCUACGCCGCCAGCUGCCGCAUCAAACGCGUCACCCAGAAGGAGGAGCUGGAGCGCCAGAAGACAGAGCUGCAGCACGAGGUGGACAAGCUGGCCCGCGAGAACGCCAGCAUGCGGCUGGAGCUGGAGGCCCUGCGCGCCAAGUACGAGGCGCUGCAGUGCUUCGCCAGGACUGUGACCCGCGGUGGGCCCCUGUCGCCGGGCAAAGUGGCCACCACCAGCGUCAUUACCAUCGUCAAGUCCGCCAAGACCUUCUCGGCAGCGUCCUAGUGUCCGCUGGACUGGGCUCUCCUCAUCCUGUACCGAGAGGAAGCUCAGUAGUAAGACUGAAGGAUGAUGGACGGGAUGACAAGCUCCACGAUAUCUUAUGCUGCGUGCACGACUCUCCCUUUCUUCUGUCCUUUAUCUUCACACCCUCAAUGCGUCCACAGACCUGAAUUCUGCGUCGGCUUUGGGGCCUUUUCCCAAUCCUUUCGGUUUACACUUUGGCACAACAUUCCCAACCUUUUUUGAGGGGUUUUAAAUUCUACAGGGUUUCCCAAAAGGCCCCAAAAUACAGUACACUUCCUUUUUUUCCUGUUUCGUUUCUGGUAUCAUUCGCCUUUGCCAAUUGGCAUUGGAUCAGUGUCUCCAACUGUAGUUCAGCGUCAGUUCAAACUGAUCCAAAGCGAAGUACAAUUUACGCAAUCCAUGGCAAGUUUCUCGAAGCAAGAUCUGUUUUUGACAAAUAACGCAGCGGAAGGAAUGCUACUACCAUCACUGAUGGAAACAUCAAACUGCUAGAGCAGGCGUUCACGCAAAACCAGAAGUCUAUACGGAUGACUGCAAUGGAACUCAACAAAAAGUCGAUUCAGCGGAUGCGUCUGAGUCGUAAAGCUCUCUCUAUACUAAUUUUAUCAAAGACUGCAGAGCCGAAGCUGUCAAAUCCUGAUGGCCUCAAUUCUGUCUGAAUGACACCUGAAACCAAAAAGCAAGUGUAUCGUGACUUUUGGGACACCCCGUAUUUGCACUGUGUAAACCAGCCGCCCCUUCCCCCUGACACCGUCCCAACAGCACCGGCGAGGUAAAAGGUCCUCUUCUUGAACGACGACAGACAUUUAGAAAAGAAAGAAACCGCGUCCGACAAGCCUUCAGGAAGCAGCACCAGUCCAUAUUCUUGUUUUGAACAUAUGUAAAACCACACCAAAUCAUUUCCAAGCACACAAAGUGUUGCCGAAACGAAUGGCUGAGAGCUCACUUUCAAUGAACUACCAGAUAUUUGCGUGACUAGCAGUCCACUCUGUUAGUGGAGUCAGGGGAUUAAGUUUUACUUGCAGUCGAGCAAACUACGUAGAUUGCAUUUUGACUCGUGGAGUUAUUUGUCUUUUUGACAAUUUCACACCACCCACCAUCUUCCCCAUUCAGGACUUAUGAGGUUUUUUUUAGUUUUUUUUUUUAGCUGUAAGUACAGAAGGACUACACGAAUCAAACAGUCAGGAAACUAACGGAUUGUCACGAAAAAUGUGCUGCCAAAACUUUGCUGCAAGAGGCUGAUACAAGCUAGCAGCUAUAUUCUAUACAACAGCACUUAUUGUGUGAAUGCUCAGAGACAAGCACAAAAAAAAUAUUACUUUUGCUCUCGUUACAACGUCAUCAAAUUGCGACAUUUCUUUUAUUCAAACUUUAUUUUGUACAAUUCCAACAGUUUUUUUUUUUAAAUUAGGACUUAGGUCUUUCAUAACUGACUAUUUUCCAAAAAUGGUACCCUUUUCACAUAAAGUUGCGACCUGAUUGUAAUAUUGUUUUCCGUCAAAUUACUUAAGUCUCUUAACAUUUGGUUGUAAUAUCCCCCCCAAAAGCAUUACAACUUAUUCUGUUAACAUUAUUCCUUGAAUUCUUUAUUUCGAAUGUGUGAAAAAGUAAGAGAAAACCACAAAACAAACAAGAUUUCAACAAAAAAAUAAAUUUAAAUUAUAAAUAUUCAAAAAGGAGUUGGAACAAGUGAAAGAUAUUUACUCCUACCCCUAUCUGUACUCACCUUUUGUUUUUGUAAAGUACAUUUUUUCCCCUCAUAAGAUGGGUAAUUUUUCCAUAAACGUACAACUUUAUUCUUUGUCUUAAUAUCCCGACUUUUUCCAUUAAUUACACGUUUCUUGUAAACCUGUGAAUAAGGUUUUUGGGGGUAAAAUUAGGUAUUUUCUUAUUACAAAUGUUUGGGAUUUACACAAAAUCGGUUACUAUAUUACCAUAACAUUACAACUUUUUUUCAUCAAAUUCCAAUUUGAUUGUCUCGUUUGAAUUUUGUGAAAUUAUGAUGUUCUCAUAUUUUGUUUUGGUGGUUGAAAAGUCACCAUUGUAAAAUGUAGUCCAUUUGCUCAGCUUUUUUUUUUUUUGUGUGUGUAAAAAUCACAUUUUUGGGGGGGGGGG